AAAAAAAAAAACUCUCGUUUCUAUAUUUUUUCUAUCUUCUUUGAAAAAAUGGAUCCCAACCAAAAUUCUUCUAAUAAUAUCCAAAACCCUUCAAACAACCCUUUUAACUAUCCGAAUCCCAACAACUAUCCAUUCCAAAAUCCGUUUCCUAACCCCAACCAACCCCAAAACAUACCAAAUUAUGGUUUUCCACCAAGUUUUUUCACGCCAUCGGCUGUUCCAAACUACCAUCCAUAUUAUGGUUCGCCAAUGUCAUAUUCAUCUCAACCACCCACUUAUUCUUCUACUCCAAAGGAUAAGAAAAUUGCUUCGAAUGUUGGAGCAACUGAAUUUCCCGAGUUUUCUACACAAAUGACUCUUGGUGGUAUAAGUGGAGUUAAUGAAGCAACUCUUGGAGCAGACAGUUCAGCCUCUGCUACCCGAAAAAGCGUCAAAUGGACAACUGAGCAAAAUUUGGUGCUAUUGAGUGGGUGGAUCAAAUAUGGAACAAACAGCGUUGUUGGCAGAAACCAGAAAAGUGAAUCAUUUUGGGGCAAAAUUGUUGAGUAUUGUAAUGAACAUUGCUCAUUUGAUCUUCCGCGCAGUGGAGUUUCAUGCAGAAAUCAUUACAACUACAUGAACCAAAAAUUGUCAAAAUGGAUUAGCGCUUACGAUAACGCUAAGCGUAUGCAACAAAGUGGGUGGUCGGAGCAAGAUGUAUUGGCGAAAGCGCAAGAAAUCUAUUCAGGUGGUGGUACCGGAAAUUUCAAUUUAAUGAAAGAAUGGAUCGCUGUCCGUGAUCAACCACGUUAUGGUAGUCAAGUUGGAGGGAAUAGUGGCUCUAAAAGCAGUGGAUCUAAGAGAGCCCACGAUUGUGAUGCUAGUGACUCUAACUCUGUUGGAUCCACUGCUCGUCCAAUGGGAAGGGAUGCAGCAAAGAAAAAAGCUAAAAAGAAAGGCAAGAGCGUAGCCUUGGAAGUGGUCAACGAAGAUUUUAAUGAAUUCAAAUAAAUCAAGGCUCAAGAGUUUGAACGCUUGGAAAAAUUAGCCAUGUUGCAAGAGGAGGCAAACCAAAGGAGAAAAGAGGCAAUCCAAAGACAAGUGGAGGCAAACCAAAGGCAAGAUGAGGCAAACCAAUUGAUGAAAGAAAAAACUCGGGCUAAGAAGAUGAAAAUGUGGCUGAAGCUAAGUGAAAAGAACAUCUCAAUGACAAGAGCAAAGAUAUGUUCCAAUAGUUGAGCGAUGAAUUAUUUGGAAAUUAAUUGUGGUCAAAAGUGGUUGUAUGCAUCAUACCACGUCCAUGCUUAUUUGCAUCAUACCACUCUAUGCUUGUCUGUGUCAUGGCACUCCACGCCUUCAUAAUUUUUUUUUGUCAUUCUCUCCUUUAAUAAUGUUGUUGUCAGUUGAUGCUUUAAUAAUAUAUUUUCUUGUUAUGCUUUAAUAAUAUAAAAUCUUAUCCUCCAAUCACUCAACAUGAUUUUAAAGCGCCUGUGACUUUAAAAAUGGCAUAACGUUAUCUUGCGACCACUCAACAUGAUUCAAUAAUGUUGUUCAGUACCCGUGACUUUUCUAUCAGUGUUAUCCGUCAAUUUUGGCUUUAAAUGCAUAACUUUAUCUUGCAACCACUCAACAUGAUUCAAUAAUGUUGUUCAGUGCCCGUGACUUUUCUAUCAGUGUUAUCUUCUAGCCACACAAUGUGAUUUAAUAAUACUGUCAAGUGCCCGUGACUUUUUCUUUAAUGUAAAAAUAUUAUCUUCCAACCACUCAACAUGAUCUAUCGGUUUCAUUGUCUUAUAAAUAUGAACUCAUUCUUUCAUUGAUGUAUCAAAACCACAAUGGAUCCAUCAGAAAUUCCUUUUGAUAUGGAUCCAUCAGAACUUUUUUUUGAUAUUGAAGCUUACAAAAAACAAUCUGAAAUUGAAGAAAUGUAUAUUCUCAACCAGUUUAGUGAGCAUCGAAAGAAAAUAGAGGAAGACUAUCCAUCUCGAAGCAAGAGAAGAUACCACAAGAGAGAUCAUGCAGCGGCAAAUCAAAGAUUGAUUGACGACUAAUUUUCCAAUCAACCUACAUAUGACGAUACAAUGUUUCGUCGACGAUUUCGGAUGCGAAAAGAUGUUUUUCUCCGAAUCGUAGGGGACCUAUCAAGAAGUGACGAUUACUUCACUCAACGAUAUGACGCAGCUAAUAAAGAAGGUAUAUCUCCAUUAGCGAAAUGUACCACAGCCAUGCGAAUGUUAGCAUAUGGUAUGGCGGCCGACGCAGUUGAUGAAUACAUCAAAAUUGGAGGCACAACAGCUUUGGAGUGCUUGCGUAGGUUCUGCAAGGGAAUCAUACAAAUGUACGAGCAAGUGUAUCUCAGAGCCCCAACUGAAGAUGACCUGCAAAGAAUUUUGCAUGUUAGUGAAAUGCGAGGGUUCCCGGGGAUGAUUGGGAGUAUUGAUUGCAUGCACUGGGAAUGGAAAAAUUGUCCUAAAGCGUGGGAAGGACAAUAUACUCGGGGAGAUAAGGGAACUACCACUGUUAUUCUUGAAGCGGUUGCAACCCAUGAUCUAUGGAUCUGGCAUGCUUUUUUUGGAUGUCCAGGCACAUUGAACGAUAUAAACGUUCUAGAUCGUUCACCAGUGUUCGAUGCUGUUGAACAAGGAAAUACUCCAAAAGUUAACUUCUUCGUGAACCAACGACCUUACAAUAUGGCGUACUAUCUAGCUGACGGUAUUUAUCCUUCUUAUCCUACUUUUGUCAAAUCGAUUAGGCUUCCUCAAAGUGAACCGGACAAGUUAUUUGCACAAGUUCAAGAGGGAUGUUGAAAGGACAUUGAACGUGCAUUCGGAGUGCUGCAGGCUCGAUUUAAAAUCAUUCGCGAACCAGCUCGCUUGUGGGAAAUUUCUGAUUUGGCUAUCAUAAUGAGGUCGAGUAUCAUAUUGCAUAAUAUGAUUGUCGAGGAUGAACGAGAUACAUAUGCUCAACACUGGACUGAUUAUGAUCAACCUGAGGCAAGUGUAUCUAAUGCACCACAACCAUUCUCGACCGAAGUGUUACCUGCAUUUGCUAAUCACGUUCGUGCUAGGUCUGAGUUGCGUGAUUCAAACGUGCAUCACAAAUUGCAAGCAGAUCUAGUCAAACACAUAUGGCAAAAAUUUAGAAUGUUCCGUGGUUAGAAAUCUUUUUAAGUUUGUGAGUUAAGUUUAUUGUACUAAUUAUGCUAUGUGUGUUUUAUUAUUUGUGUUGUAUGCUUAUUAAUGUAUUGUAUUGAAUUUUAAGUUGUUGUAAUUCUAUUUUUUUAUUAAUAGCUCUUUAUAUUUGUUAUAUUUAAUAAUUGAUAUUUUUAUUGAAAUUAUAAAAUUAAACAUAAAUUAAUUAAUCAUUUAUAUAGCUUUUAAAUAUUAUAAUUUAGUUUAAACUAAUAAUUAUUAUUAAUAUGUAACUACAAAACAAAAAAU